AUGGUACCGCAAACGAAAGUGUUCGUCGGUAGCCUGCCCCAGGGCUCCAAGCCCGAGGAAUUGCGAAAAUUGUUUGAGCGGUUUGGUGUAGUGACGGAAUGUGACAUCAUGAAUCGUUGCGGAUUCGUUCAUAUGCAAACUGAGGAACAAGCGUCGUCAGCUAUCCGCAGUCUUAAUAAUACAACAUUUAAUGGUGGCGUCAUAACAGUAGAAAGAGGACGCAUUAAGGAGAGAGGGCAGCGCGGCGGUGGCGCGCGUGGGGGCAUGCGAGGAGGCAUGCGCGGAUCCAUGGACCGACGCGGCGGUGGACCGAUGCGAGGUGGACCACCGACCCGAGACGCUCCGUACAUGAGAGACGCUCGACCGAUGGGCCCCAUGCGUGGAGGUGACAUGCGGGGACCACCUAUGGGCGGCGGAAUGCCCAUGCGCAACGGAAUGGGUGCACCACCGUACGACAGGGGUAUGGAUCGUCCUAUGGGCGGCUACGACGACCGCGGUUAUAAUGGCUAUGGGGGUGAAGAUAGACGAGGCUUCGCCUUGAUGGAUGGACGUGGUCGUGACCAGUACGGUGCACCGCCGAUGUACGACGAUCGGCGAGGCUAUGGAACAGAGGACAUGUCGGGAAUGUAUCCGGAUGAGCGUCGCGCACCCAUGUACCCAGACGAGCGCGACAUGAUGGACCGACGGGCGCCUAUGCGUGGACCGGGGCCCAUGGCUCCAGCUUACGAGCGCCCUCCGCCCCGAGCCGCUCCCAUUCCUACUGCCGACAUGUUCAGCAGGCGCUCUCCGCCACCCAUGCGUGGUGCAGCGGGGGUCGCAGGAGGUUACGACCGGGAUCCAUACGCACAACAGUACCCACCAAUGGGGCGGGGGAGUCACACGGGUUGGUAG